AUGGUGAAAAUCAAAAACUUUAUUACACAAGGUGGGGGUUCAAUCAAAAAUGCCAUUCAAGAUGGAACAUCAACUAAUCCUAUUAUCAUUGAUGAUGAAGAAAAUACUACAAAAACUAUUGAAGAUGAUGAUACUAUUGAAAUAGUCCAAGAUACAACUCAUUCAGGUUGGACUGGCGCUAACAAAAGAAAAAGAUUAAGAAAACCCAAAUCAGUCAAUACAAACAUAAUCAAUACAACUACUACUAAUCCCUUUGGUGUAUUAGAUGAUGAAACAAAAGAUGAAGAUUAUGUUACAGAUAGUGACAGUGAAGAAGAAAGAAUUAGUGGUAAAAAAAUAAUCAAUUAUCCGAAAUUUAAAAAAGUUAAAACAAAUUCAAAUCCAAAUAUUUUAUCACUUGGAAUUAAUACAGCAGUUCAAAAAAAACAAAACACUUUAUCUGCUGCUCGUACCUUAGUUUUAAAUAAUAAUUAUAAUUCUUCAAAUGAAGAAUUAGUUUCUGCUUCUGCAAUUGAUGAUAAAGAAAAUAUUUCACAAUUAGAUAAAUUGAAACCAGCAAAACCAAUAUCCAACAAAUUGAACAAAAAAGAUAAGAAAAAGAUCAUUCUUUCAAUUGAUGAAGAUGAAAAUGUUUUACAACCGAAUGAAAUAAACUCAACCACUUCUAAAACCAGAAAUGUUUCAAAAUUAAACAAAAUGUUAGCCCAACAAUUACCAUUUUCAAUCCAUGAAGACACAAAUGAUUCAAAAUCUGAAAAAGAUUAUACAAAACUCAGAAAUUUAGUUGUCAAAAAGGAACCAAGAAUACCAGGACAAUAUAAAAUGAAAAAUUUCAAGUUCCCCACUUUUAAAAACUCAAAACCAAAUAGUGAUGAUACACCUUCAUAUUCAAUAUUUAAUAAGAAUUGUGGAAGAUCAAGUAACCCCAAGUUGAAUUUUUUAUUUACAGGAUUAUCAUUUAUUCAUGAAACAACAGACAACAACUUAUUGCAACUAUUAAAAAAUUCAAAUGAUGCUGAUGAUGUUCAAAUCAUUAGAUCCAAGAAUGGAUCGACAACAUUAGCUUUAAAUCAAAAAAAAUUACCACCUUAUGAAUUAACUGAUUCUUUAAUAAUUUCACAACAAUUUGAUAAUGACAACUUUACUCCAUUUUCUGAUCAAGUUUAUAUUAAUACCAAUUCGUCCAAUGAGAAUUUAUUCACAAAUAAAAUAAAUUUUGAUCAAUUACCAUUAAAUACAAGAAUUGCUGAUGUUUCAAUUAAUUUUAAACAAAUUGAAAAUUCUAUUAUGAAUAAUGAUACUUUAGCUGGUAAAAAAAUCAAGUUGAUUAGUUUAUAUCUACCAGCAAACAAUGCAUGUUUAAGGACUCAAAUUAUAACAAAACUUAAUGAAUGUAUUAAAGGUUUACCAUAUAUCAUAAUUGGAACAGAUGCUAAUUCAGGUAAAACUAUAGAAGGUACCAUCACCUCAACUGAUCAAAAUACCACCGUCCAGAUAAACAAAUUACUUGAAGACAAUGACAUGGUGGAUUUAUUUGAACAAUCAUAUAACAAGAAUUACUUCACAAAUUACCAUCGUAUAUCACAUAAGUGUUUGGAUCACCUUUACAUUACAAAAAACCUCCUUCCUUUUUUCACAGAAAAUUGCCUAAAAUUUGAUAAAAUCUCCACUCAUGCUAUAGGUGAACAUAAAAUGUCAUUAAUCAAAAAUUUGGAAGAAUAUGAGGAUCAAUCAACUGAUUAUGAUUUAAUUAACUUUUUCAUACAAAUGAAUAAUGAUUUUAGGUUAAGUAAAAAUGGAAAUUAUGAAAAGAAUAUUGAUAAUGGUAUUGAAAUUGAUAACGUUGGAGAUGUUGAUGUUGAUGAAGAAGAAGAAGAAGAAGAGGAAGAGGAAGAGGAAGAAGAGGAAGAUGAUGAACUGAAAUUUAGUUUUUCCAAUGCAACACAAAGAAGCAAAAAAUACAAUAAAUUGCAAGAUUAUUUGAUAAAAGCAAAUACUUUAAAAGCUAAUCAAUUUAAAUCUAAACUACUUACUCAACUUAAUAAUAAAUAUGAAACCGUCAAACUUAUCCCACAGGACAAAUUUAUUUCAGGUGUUGAUGCUUUGCUAGUUAGUUUCAUCAAUCAAAAUUUGAAAAUUGUGGAAAGUGUUAUUAUCCAAUGGCAAAAAAUAUUAAAUAUUUUCCCCCAAUGGACCAGGAGACAAAUGAUGAGAGCUUAUCAAUCUCUCGAAGCAAAUAAGGUCAUUAAGUUUUCAGAAGCUACAAAAAAGUUUGAAUUUACAAAUUUCAUUAAACAAAAAAUUCAUUAUGAUGUUGAAUUUACUAAAAAUUUUUUAAACCACUACAAGGAGGUAGAAAAUCUGUUAAAUAAAUGGGAUAUAUUAGUUUUAAAAGAUGAGUAUAGCCAAUACAGCAAAUUGCAACUUAGAAAUUUUUACAAUUACAUCAGAGAAAAAAACGGGAUAGCAGAUGAUGGUAAAUUGACAGAUUCAUUCAAAGAUCUCAUCCAGGAAAGGGAAAAAAGUAAAGAGUUAAUAAAAAACAGAAGACUUGCAGAAGAAAUGAAGGUACAAAAGAUGAUAAAUUUUGCUAAUCAAACAAUUCCCGGGAAAUUUUCUAGUCGUGUUGAAGGAAGAUAUUCUCCUGAACUAUUGCAAAUCAUAUUAAAAUUUGCUAAUCAUCCAUUAUUUCAAGUUAAAAAAACUAAUGGUAUCAUUAAACGUAGAUGGGCUGUUGUUGCCUUUUUUUUUCCAGGAGAAACUAGAAAAUCAUUAUCUACUAUGUUUGAAAGCUGGCAAAUAAGUGGUAUCUUGAGUAAGGAUGAAGAUGGAACUUUCAUAUAUCAACCAGAGAAAGAAAGAUUAAUUUGGUGGACAACAGCUGAAGAAAUACAUCUUUUAGAAGUAGCUAAGCAAGUCGAUGAAGAAUUAGAAAAUUUAAGUUUUGCUCAACGUGCUGAAUUAAGAAAUAAAAUAAGUGAUAAGUCUGCUGGUCUUAAAUUCAAUUUGGUGGCAGCUAGAUUUGAAGGGAGAGCUCCUACUGCUUGCCAAGCGAAAUAUAAAGAAUUAAAGAGAUUAAUGAAAAUGGAACUGGCAAUUGAAGAGAUUAAUGACUAG